AUGAGUGCCACGGACCAGUCCAAAUUGCCCAUCUGCCACUCUUGUGAGACCACCAGUCUGGUCAGAGAACCCACUAACACAGCGCAUCUGACGCUUCAACUACUGGUGGCCGUUGGGACAGCAGUAAUGGGCUCCUUACAGUUCGGCUAUAACACAGGAGUCAUUAAUGCACCUGAGACGAUUAUUGAGGAGUUCUACAAUGAGACAUGGCAUUCUCGAUAUAAAGAAUACAUCCCUCCAAACUCCCUCACCACUCUCUGGGCCAUUUCUGUCGCUAUUUUUUCUGUCGGAGGUAUCUUCAGCUCUUUCUCCGUAGGACUGUUUGUCAAUCGUCUGGGCAGGAGGAACUCAAUGCUUGUGGCUAAUAUCCUGGUAUUUAUAGCAGCUGCUUUAAUGGGCUUCUCUAAGCUGGCUGCAUCCUGGGAGAUGCUGAUUAUUGGUCGGCUUGUUGUGGGUCUUUACUCUGGUCUGUCCACAGGCUUUGUGCCCAUGUAUAUAGGUGAAAUUGCUCCGACGUCUUUACGUGGAGCACUGGGCACUCUACAUCAAUUGGGUAUUGUCAUCGGCAUCCUGAUGGCGCAGGUCUUUGGCAUUGAGUCUAUUAUGGGAAAUGCAACAAUGUGGCCUUUCUUGCUGGGUUUCACCUUCAUCCCGGGCUUGAUUCAAUGUGCCCUGCUGCCAUUCUGUCCUGAGAGCCCUCGCUUUCUUCUCAUCAACCAGAAUGAAGAGAACAAAGCCAAGACUGUUCUGAAGAAGCUUCGUGGCACCGAGGAUGUUGGAGAGGACAUCCAGGAGAUGAAGGAGGAGAGCAGGCAGAUGAUGAGGGAGAAAAAAGUAACGAUCAUAGAGUUGUUCCGGUCUCCACUUUACCGCCAGCCACUCCUCAUCGCUGUCAUGCUGCAGCUAUCGCAGCAGUUCUCCGGCAUCAACGCUGUUUUUUACUACUCUACUAGUAUUUUCAAGAAAGCAGGAGUGUCCCAGCCGGUCUAUGCAACCAUUGGUGCUGGAGUUGUAAACACCGUAUUCACCAUAGUGUCUCUGUUUGUGGUAGAGCGAGCAGGACGAAGAUCUUUGCACCUCAUUGGGCUGAUGGGAAUGGCUGUGUCUGCGGUUUCCAUGACCAUUGCCAUGGCAUUGACUGACAAAGUCCCAGCCCUUUCAUAUGUCAGUAUCGUCGCCAUCUUUGUUUUCGUGGCCUUCUUUGAGAUUGGACCUGGUCCUAUUCCAUGGUUUAUCGUGGCUGAACUCUUUAGUCAAGGCCCCCGACCUGCUGCCAUUGCUGUAGCUGGUUUCUCCAACUGGACAGCCAAUUUCAUAGUAGGAAUGUGCUUCAAGUAUGUGGAGCAAUUGACAGGCCCGUACGUCUUCAUCAUCUUCACCGUGUUGUUGCUCAUCUUCUUCGUCUUCACCUACCUCAAGGUGCCUGAAACUAAGGGCCGGACGUUCGAUGAGAUCUCAGCAGGGUUUCGGCAGAAUGCAGGCUCUGGAGCAGAGACUUAUGGCCCACAUGAUCACAACAUGCUGGGUGCAGACUCACAGCUCUGAGCCCUGCAUUUUCCUCCGUGUUGCCUCGGUGGCUCGCUAUAAACCUCUGAUAACAUACUGUAACUGUAUGAGUGCGGCAACACCCACUUUCAGAUAGGUGUGUUUAUCUAUCAGCAAGAUAGGAAGCCUGUGGCUGACUCCUGUUUGUGUUCUCUCUUUAUUUCCUAGAAGGAUGAGAGUAGCUACUCUGUGGGCCACUUGUGAUUGUUUUAAUAUUUAACAAUUGCACUAUCACUGUGCAAACACUGACCGUUUGCAU